UGAUACAAAUAAAAGACUAGUACAGUUUUGUUGGCUCCGAUAGAUAAUAUUAAAAAAUUCUAAAAAAAACUGCCUGGAAUUUUAAAAGUUUAAAUACAAAUUUGAAAUAAACUUACAACAAAUGCAAAUAAAUCAAACUGCAUGCUGAACAAACAUGGCUGACUUCGCAAACGAAACUUCUGUAGAGGAAUCUUCACUUGAUUUCCUCUUUAUUUUCAGGUCUAUAGCAAUGGUUGCUAUAAUGGUGUGUGCUGUUUUCGGGAACUUUCUGGUCAUAAUUAGCGUGUAUAAAUUCUAUCGUCUACGAGUGUUAACGAACUAUUUCAUUGUGUCAUUGGCGUUUGCAGACUUAUUAGUCGCCUUAAUGGUCAUGCCGUUUAGUGCUAGUAUCGAAAUCAUGAACGGCCAAUGGUUUUUCGGCCGUACUAUGUGUGAUAUAUUUAAUGCGAACGACGUUCUUUUCAGUACGGCUUCCAUUUUGCAUCUUUGUUGUAUCAGUAUGGAUCGUUAUAUAGCUAUAAUGUACCCGUUAAAAUAUGAUUCUCAUAUGACGAGGGUACGAGUAUUAGUGAUGCUCGUUAUAACAUGGGUGUCUUCAGUGUGUAUAUCUUACAUUCCUGUUCAUUCUCAGCUCUACACCACCAAAGAAAAUGUUUUGGAGCUGUACAAUUCAACGAACACAUGCCCGUUCGUAGUCAACACUCAAUAUGCAGUUAUGUCGUCUUUCGUAUCGUUUUGGAUACCUGGCGCGAUAAUGGUUUGUCUGUAUGUAAAAAUAUAUUUGGAAGCUCGCAGACAAGAGCACGCUAUUCAAUCGACAGUGAUGCUCCACACGAACUAUCAUAGUGGCCUAUUGGCCAACGGAAGUCGAUAUACGGAUACGUCAGAACAAAGAAAUGAACGCAAGCGGAUAAAGCGAGAACAUAAAGCAGCUAAAACGCUAGGGAUCAUAAUGGGUGCAUUUCUCGCUUGCUUCAUGCCGUUCUUCUCCUGGUAUGUAAUCACAAACAUCUGCCAAGAAGCUUGCCCUUAUCCCCCCGUAUUGAGUUCUACACUCUUCUGGAUCGGUUACUUUAAUUCCUGUCUAAACCCUAUAAUCUAUGCUUACUUCAAUAGAGACUUUAGAAACGCUUUCAUCAAACUGCUCAAACUUGAAAAAUGCCGUUGUUUCCGGCAAGAUUCCGACGUCGUUCAUUUAAACUAUGCUACGAAUAUCUCAGACCACAAAGACAUGACAAGCGUUCAUCUAAGUGUAGACACCCGGAGGCAACCAGUAUAACUCGUUAUAAAAAUUAGAUGAAAUAUAACAAUGACUUUAAAAAUAAAAAAAAAUACAAUAAACAAACAGAAAAACAUUUUUUUUUCUAAAUCAAAAGAGGUAAAAUGCGUGCUAACAUUUAAGUGUGGUUUCGUGAAAUAUUUUCUUUGUCUGUUCAUUUUGUCCUGUUUUUAUUUUCUUGUUUUUGUUUCAGUUAAACAAUGUCAGGAGAAUUUGGUGAAAGGUAACCAAAAAUCCCACCGACACAUCAUCUAAAGAUGGCAGUUUUGAAUUCUGAAUUCUGUUCUUUGCAACGAUUUCAUUGAACUAUGGAAAUAAUACACAUAGACAAUAAUAAUAAUAAAUACUAAUAAUAAUAAUAAUAAUAAUAAUAAUAAUAAUAAUAAUAAUAAUAAUAAUAAUAAUAAUAAUAAUAAUAAUAAUAAUAAUAACAACAACAACAAAAAAAAAUAUAACAUGAACUCCAUUACAAAUACAUCUACUCUAAGAUUUCCUUUAUCCUCAGAGGUCAUAAAAAAAUUAUGAGUAUUUGUGCAAAGCGGUGGUAUGAUCAGAACACAUCAUAUAAUGACUAUAAAUGAAGAUUACAUUAAAAAAAAAGAAGUGAAAGAAAAAAAUAAAUGAAAAUUAUAGC